AUGGCUGACACUCAAAAAAUUGUUGGCAUUGUAUUCUCUAAAUUAGAAUCAAAACGAUCUCAUCCAACUUAUAUGGUAGAAACCAAAACUGGCAAUCUUAUUUAUAGAUAAGCUUCCAAUAUGCCCUCUGAAUAAAUUCAAAAAUUUGACCUUAUUUUUAGUAAGCAAAUUGCCGAUAAAUUGUAUCCAUCAUAAACCAAAAGAUUAUUCUAUAAAGGAACUGAGUUAGAAGUCUCUGAUUUAGAAUUUGAUGAUGAUGAUGAUGAUAUUGAAGAUUCCAAAUCCACUAAAUAAUAAUGUAAUUGUUCAUCUAAAUAAAUUAUUAAUUCUACAGAAUAAUCUCUUAAUGCUACAUAUAAUAAUUAAUUGAAGCUUCCAUCUAAAUAAUCUAUUAAAUUAUCUUCAAAUACUAUCCUAAUUUAUGAUAAAAUUGAUGGAUAAUUUAAAUAAACUAGCAGAAUUGAAAGUAAUCUAAUUAAAGAUAUUAAAAAUUGGGAACAAGCUAAAAUUAGUAAAAAAAAUUAAGUUAUGCUUUGCAUCUCAGAGAAUUGCUUUGUUAAAUUAGCUGAUCUGAGAUUUAAGAAUCCAUCAUUAGUCCUUGAUUUUGUUUUGAAUAAUUGUAUACUUGUUAAAUGA